CUGGUUAUUUUAUGUUAAAUUCAAACCUUUGUCCAUCUGAAUUCCACUUCGUCUGAAAUAAAGCAAGCAAACAUCACGUGAUCUUCUGUGACUGAUGUAGGUUCAGCAGACGACUAGAAGCUCAAAUGUCCAGUUUGACUCUCUUUUCAAUUCCACCCCCGACUGCGACUGGCAAAUCUCGCUGGUCGGCAAAUCGAGAUGCAGUUCAAGUCGAACACACAUCCACGUUUUUCCUGAACGCAGAAGUGUUCCACGAUUCGACUGUUUUCAAUUUCCGGUCUCCACUGUUUUUACUUGCAUCGGCGUAUAUUCUUAGCAGGUAAUGUAAUGUUUAAGGUAUUACAUUUGUAUAAAUUGUCUAAAAACAUGCUGAUUCUUCACAGAGUUGAAGUUCACAUUUUUUUUUUUUUUUUACAUUUAUGCAUUUGGCAAAUGCUUUUAUCCAAAGUGACUUACAGUGCCCUUAUUACUGGUAUAAUCCCCCUGGAGCAACCCAGAGUUAAGUGCCUUGCUCAAGGACACAAUGGUGGUGGCUGUGGGGAUCGAACCAACAACCUUCUGCUUAUCAGUUCAGCACUUUAGUCCACUAUACUACCACACCACUUUUUAUAGACAGUGCCUCACCUGAGUGUGUAGAUAACAUGAAGCGAUGGUCAGAGAUAAGUUAGGUUGAUAUCAUUUAUGCUGAGUAGUGAUGGGUCGUUCAUGAAUAAUUCGUUCAUAUACCGACUAUCGGUUGACUAUUGAAAAUGUAAAUUAUUGUUGUUGUUCUCUGGAUCGCUCGUUUUGGCAGUUUUUACUUACCGUCUCGAGACCAAAAAUACAAAACAGGCAAUUAGAAUCAUCAUGGCGCCGACUAGUGGUGACUUGUGCGUCAUGACGUUAGUCGAUCCUGCGCGUGUCCGAAGCUCACGGCUCGCGGGUGCGCGCACGUCGCUGUCACUCAGAGUUGGUGGUAGGAAAUGCGGACACGGCGAAAUGUCAGCAGGGCCAUGCUUAUCUUUUCUAGCGAUGCGGCCCAAUACACUCCUUUCUUGACGCUUAAAAACGAAACGCACAUGUCUUCUCAAUGCCAAUAUUGAUGAGGAUCUGGUUUCAUACGGAUGAACGGGACAGCAGCGCACAGCGGCAGUGUUUAGCUAACACCUCUGCUAGCCCAGCAACACGCCACCCUCCAGAGAAAGAGCCCUAACCACACGGGCUACCUCUCACUGUUCAUGUUGUAAUUGAAACUUUACUAUCAUCUCAAAGGCCAACCAGCGGCUUGCUACACUCACACCUUUAAUCCGGUCAGCGGCGAGUGGGGGUCACGGUAACCGAAGCGGACAGGAGCCCUCCGGGACGGAUCUCACAGCUGCGGCUGUUACACAUUGAGGGGCAGCUAUGGCUGAAAUCUCUGCCCUCAAUCCUUCGCCCCCUGGUAUGGGCAACCAAUCAGUGCAUGCUCACUCUAGCCCACUCCCUCUGCCGUCAGAGACACCCAUCUCAAAAUCAGCUCUAUAUGGGGACCGAGCAGUGAUGGGGAACCCAACAUUACAGGCAGGAGGUGGGAAAAACUCCUCUUCCCCAGGUUCAACUUGGGAGGCCACACCUGCCCAGAACAGUAUCGCUUCCUCUACAAUGGCAACAAAAAGUCCUGCUGAUCCACCGGUAGAGAUCCUAGCUGCUGCAGAUGGAGGGUCUAAUGGGAAAAAUGAUUUAAUUGGUCACACAGAAGCGCAGUGCUCAGAGCAGGAGCAACAGAUGCCAUUUUCCCUUGAACUUAAUCCCAAUCCUAAUCUCUACCCCAAUGUUCAAAUUAACCAGAUCUCCAAUCCUGCACCCCCCAGUUACAUUCCACCUGAGCUUCCCCUUCCCUCUGUUGCCAUUUUUGCAGAACAUCUCUCAACCUCCAACCCUGCCCCCACUCACUCAUCACAAGAAUCCAGCCAAACAUCAGCAGUUCCUUCUGAAGCACAAGCACCCACCCAGAACCCCAAACCCAGCACUCCCAGUACAGACAAGACGGCCCCUGAGCCUCUUUGCACACCCUCCAAAGUUGAACAUCCAGCUGUACUGGUGCAGGAGUCAGGUGGGUCCCUGGGUCUGCCAUACACGGUCACAUAUACUCGUCCGGCUCCAGACACGCUGAGCUACCUGGAGUCGGCCAGCCUGAUGUCGGGCACACUGGAGUCUCUGUCUGGGCUUGGCGAGGACGGCAGUUCACUGGGGUCAGACUCCGAGAUCAACGGCCCAGUGCGACGUACUGAUAAAUAUGGGUUCCUGGGAGGAGCGCAGUACAGUGAGAGCAGUGAGGCUGAGAUCCAGGUGGCUGUGGCAAGACAGAGAGAGAUGAAAUGGCUGGACAUGUUCAGAAACUGGGACAAGUGGAUAACACGACGCUUUCAAAAGGUAAAAAUGCGCUGCAGGAAAGGAAUCCCCUCUUCGCUCAGAGCUAAAGCCUGGCAGCUGCUCUCCAACAGCCAGGAACUUCUUGAGUCCAAUCCUGGGAAGUUUGAGGAGCUGGAGCAAGAGCCAGGAGAUCCAAAGUGGUUGGACAUCAUUGAGAAGGACUUGCACAGGCAGUUCCCAUUCCAUGAGAUGUUUGCUGCUCGGGGAGGAUAUGGCCAGCAGGACCUGUACCGGAUUUUGAAGGCCUACACCAUUUACCGGCCGGAUGAGGGCUACUGUCAGGCCCAGGCACCAGUGGCAGCAGUUCUGCUCAUGCACAUGCCUGCUGAGCAAGCCUUCUGGUGUCUCGUGCAGAUCUGUGAGAAAUACUUGCCUGGGUACUACAGCGCUGGGUUGGAAGCUAUCCAGCUUGAUGGAGAGGUUUUUUUCUCUCUGUUGAGGAGAGUGUGUCCCAUGGCUUACCGCCACCUGAAGAAAUUUAAGAUAGACCCAAUCCUGUACAUGACAGAGUGGUUCAUGUGCAUCUUCUCCCGUACGCUGCCUUGGAUCUGCGUCUUACGCGUCUGGGACAUGUUCUUCUGUGAAGGAGUGAAGAUUGUGUUCCGGGUGGGUCUGGUGCUACUCAAGCAGAUGCUGGGAUCUGUGGAUAAGCUCCGUGAGUUGCAGGGCAUGUACGAGACUAUGGAGCGACUGAGGAACAUUCCCCCUGAAACUAUCAGGGAGGAAUUUCUUGUGCAAGAGAUUGUCACUCUAUCUGUGACAGAGGCUCUCGUUGAGAGAGAGUGUAGUAUUCAGGUGCGGAAGUGGCGGGAAUCUCGUGGAGAGUUGACCCAUCAACCAGGCCGUAGGCUGCACGGCACACGGGCCAUCUUCGAGCAAAAGCACCGGGUUGAUGCGAUCAGCUCUGGGGGAAGCCUGUCCUUCCUGGGCGGUCCUCCUCCUGGCCCCUUGCGUGCCUCAUCAAGCCUCCUUUCCCUUCCUGGCCUUAGAAAGGUCAAGAUACCAUUUCAUUCUCAGAAUAAGAAAGGCUCCAUCUCUGGCAGCUUGUGCUCGGAUGCUGUCCCACUGCAGCCUCUUGGAAGCAGCACUGGUGUGGUGGGACCACAAUCCUCGGCCGGGAUGACCCACUCAAAGCCUCCUGUAUCACCUCCCCAUAAUACCGGAGACGGGGGGCGGCCGCAGGCACCGCAUGGACCCAGUCCACUAGCUGCAGCAUCUUCUACUACCAUGGCACUGGCUCCAACCGCACAUGCAUCCAGCGCGCACACACUCCAAACGAAAGUUGUCUCUGAACACAUCACCCCCACCAUCCCCUCACCCACUGCCAACAACGCCCCAUUACCACCGUGCCCCGAGUCCACAAAAACAGCACCUGCAGGGGCAGCAGAAGAGGAUGGAAAGAAGAAAAAGAAAAGCAAAGAGUACAAGAAGAGAGAGAGAGAGGAGGAAAAGCAGAAGUCUCGAGAAAAGAAGGAGAGGGAAAAGACAGAGAAGGAACGACUGAAGAAAGAGAAAGAGAAAGCUGAGAAGAAAAAGGAAAAGGGGGGGAAGAGAAAAGACAAAGGAGGAGUUGGAGAGAUGGAGGAGAAGAAUGGAGGCGCAGCAGCGAAAGAUUUGGCCUAAUUCCUGACCUAUCAUCUCUUCAGAUGGAAGGGCAGGAGGAGGAGGAUGGGGGGAAAAAAGGACAAGGAAUCAAAGCGGCUGUAGGCUGGUGGAAAGAGAGGGAGAGACAGAGAGGAUAAAUGAACAAUCUCCUGUAACGUCCAUUUCAUCAUAAGUACUACUCAUUUCACAAGGAUAACUGGAUCACUGCACAUGCCCCACAUGCUUAACCUCUCAUCAUCAUCGCCUCUGCUUGACAGUGCUUACAAAGCCUGACGUCAACCUGACGAAACAUGACAAAUUUAUUAUUAUUUGGUUGAAAUUGUUUUUUAUUUUAUUUAUUUUUUUAAAGAUGGAUACCAGAUUUAUGAGAUCAACAGGAACAGUGUAAUUAGUAGUCAGUUCUAGUAUACUGGGUGCCAUGAUGUACAUAAACCUCUUGCGCCUUUAGGCCCAUCUGUGCCAGUUCAGCCCCACAAUCCCUUCUGUACAUCACCUAAGAGGCGUCUCAACCAGAAUAUACUGAAUAAAACAUUUCUCAAAUGAAUGCACAGAGAAAAGCAAGGCAACAACUUUAGCCCUUGUGCUAAUAACAUGCGUUAUGUGUGAGAGUGUUCUGGAGGACCUAUUUAUUCAUUGUAUUGUUGUUUGUUAGUGUGUUAUCAUAUGUCUGUGCCUUGGCAGUGUAGUAAAUUGUAAAUCAGUCUUUUGCUGCAGACAGGUCUGAAUAGGUUCUUCUCUCUUUUCAGUUUCCUCUUAAAGGAGCUUCUUCCAGUCACACUAACAUAGAGAGUUAAAGUGCAAAAAGUGUUAGGAAGUGGCCAUUAGGGGGAGUGGAAGAGCUGAGGAACAAAGGCCUGAAUUAGAAACUGAGGACUGGGAGGAAAGGUGCAUCAAAAAGUCAUGACUUGGAUAACCACUUUUUAAGUAUGGUGCAGCCUCUAAUAUUUAAGUUAACAUAAUUACGAACAGGAGAUUCUUCAAAAAACAAAUAGAUGGCAGAAAGUUUAGAUAUCAGUCCAUCGCUAUGUCAGCCUCACCAAAAAUGCAGCGUUUCAUUGUCACUCCACUUUCUCUGAUCCAGAAGAGCUUGUUUGAUUUUUUUUUUUUUUUUUUUUUUUCUCUCUUUCAGCUUGGCAUUAACUGCAGUACUGGUUAAAAUCUGCUAAGAGUAUAGUGGUCCAGUCAUUCAAUGUCGUUUGAUAUUAAUUAUUUUGAUAUUAAUAUGGAUGGAGUUUUGCACUGAGGCCUGUUUUCACCAGUAACCUUGAUGGAUUUUGAUGUAGGGCACUUUCUAAUCCAGUUCACCUUACUCCUUCAAUCUGCGUUUUUUGGAUUGGAAAGGUUUGGCGCAGCAGUGUAGCAUUAACAUUUGAAGCUCUUGGCUUGAUGUACAGACUUGUAUUAAUUUAAUCAUAAACCAUAUGAAAUCUAUUACAGCAAUUGUUAGUCCUCUUUUGGAUUAUUAUUAUUGUAUUUUUUUCUAUGCAAGUACAUGGAGGCCUGAUAGACUGGAAUGGCAGUGAGCUUUAUUUAUAAAGAGGGCCCAAUGUUAGGAGAGUGUUGUGGAUUUGGAGAACUUUGUAUUUAGUAAAAGGAUUUAUUUUUGUUUUAUUUUGUAAGUGCUGAAAAUUAUUUUUGCACAUUUUCUCCCAACUUCCUGGAGAACAAAGCCAAGCAGUUGUUAUUUAUUUCAGACAUUUUAAAAUCACAAGUGAUAUGGGAGAUGGUGAUUUCAUACUGAUGAUUAUUUCGCUCUAUUCUGAUCUUGUUUUUUCUUUCUUUUUUGUUUGUAAUUAUGUGCCCAUCAUAUUGAAGGGGGAAAUUAACAUUUAGAGUUGUUUUUAGAUUGAGAGAGAAGGAAAGGAUGGUCCAGACAUGCUCAAUGAAAUUUAAGAGAGGCAUUUCUUUGUUAGGUAAAUUGUUAAAUAGUAACAAAUAACAAACCCCUUUCCUGAACAGUGUUACUCUUUAUGUGAAGUGAAAACUGAUAAAUUGAAUACUCACUCUUCCUUAACCACCAAACCUUCAGUAUUAUGAAUUAUUCUGAUACUUUCACCUGGUGAUUGGACCUUUCAUGGGUUUUUAUUGUGCUUUUAAGACCCGUACUCCGUAUAUAGGAUACUUGAGUUUCUGACAAGAGACCUGAAGUGGGAUUUCUGUUUAGAUCUAGUUCACAUUGAUCAUCUGGAUUCAGCUGAAGAAUCCCAUGCACUCGCAUAAACCGGAUUUUUACCUAUCAGGCCUCCUUUACUACUGUUUUGUCUGUAUUGCAAAGGGUAAUCAACAGAUGGACUUACAGCGGUUUGUACUCUACGCUCAUCAAGAUUUAAUGCAAGGGUUGUCCAAAGUUGGUUUACUAACACUCUGAGACAGCUAGGACAGGGUGCAAAAUAUUUGACUUGUCUUAUGGGUUUUUGCAUUGGUCAGUAUGACCCAAUGUAUGUUGUAGGAUUGUUGCAAAAAUAAUUUUAAUAAUUUUUAUUUUUUUUUAGUUUUUUUAUUAGGGUUAGUGUUCUUUCAUCCUGUCACUUGUAUGUCUUAUGCUUGUUUUAAUGUUUACAUUAAACCAUUUACAGUUGUUCCAUAACUGCAGAAGAGGAAGUAUUUAAUAAUUAAUUUGAUGACAGUUGUGAUGAGUAAUAAAUCAUAAUAUAUUAAAAGCCCCCCUCGUGUGAUUCUUGUUGGUGUAUUUUUGGGAUUUGGAGUUUUAAAAUGUCACCCAUGUAACUAUGGUUAUACAGUGAACUAUAGCAGACUACAGACACCUUUUGGCAAAUUCAUAAUUUAAAGCAAAGCAUUAAUACAUACAUGAUAAAUGUGGAUCAUAAAAUUAGUAUUUUAUUCCCCAAGUGGGUGUCAUUCGAACGUCUUUUUUCCUUUUAAUGAGAUAUUAUGAUUCCAUUUAACCAUCAUGCAUUCCCUUGCGACUCAGUACACUUGGCAUUGCAUCAGGAAGCUGACGCUAUGGGGCAUGUCCUUCUAUAAGACCUAGUUUAAACCUUUCUACAAUAAUGGCAAUUCUAAAGUUGGCUAUGGUGUUUAAGCCUCACCUUUUUAGGCAUGAAGCUGUCCAGUAUAAAAGCAGCGUGCAAACACCAUUCCUUAGAAAUGUUGCAAUGUUUUCUUCUUUAGUUGUCAUAUGAACAAUCAGACAGUAAGUACACUGAAGAGCUAGUUUAGCCCCUUAACUGGCACCGUCCCAUAUAUGGGACAUUUUUCUGCUUUUUUUUUUAGCGUUUUUUUAUGUUUAUUGGAAUAUAUUACCUUCAUAUCCGACUUUAAUCAUGACAAACCUAAUAUCGUUUGAGAUCUUCAAGUUGCUAGCUUCGAAAUAUGCCCACUGUUUUGCGAUCUGAAUGACACCAUUACAGUAAUGUAUUAAAAUACUUAAAGAGUGGAUUUUAAAACAUUCAACAUGUGAGCGGUAUUACUUAUCUUUUAUAUAUUCUGGUCAUGAUCUGAUCAGAUGAUGGCAGGAAAUUCAAGCAUACAAUCCAUGGUAAAUGUCCACGAUUGAAGGUAAACUCAACCAUUUUAUCCAAAACAGUGAAAAUUUAGGAAAAAACUGACUGAUUAUCCUUUGCUUGCAUCAUCACUUAUAUUAAAAUGUCUAUUAUCAAUAAAAUAUUGAUUAUAAAACAUAUUUUAUCAAUUAGCAUCGAGGUCUUUAGGUCUUCGCUAUUCUGGUGAAAAUUCCGUGUUGUUUGAGCCUACCCAUGAGUCUCUCUGUGAUUCACAGCUGGAGCUGUCAGUCAAACCAGAUCAAAGGCUCCAUGACCUCUCCAAAAUUCAGUGAAUAGAUCCAGCCAAUGGAUCGCCAGUCAAGAUUUGAUUGACAGGUCAUGUAGCCAUUGGUAUGACGUUUCCAUGGUUCAGGGAUUGGCCUCACUCAUUCUAGAACAGUGACAUCAUCCUUGUGUUUGUUUGGAUAGAGAACCUAAGGCCACCAUUAUGCUCUGAGCUUUCUUCCAUUUCUGAUGACCGAUCGGAGCCGAAAUCUAACGUUUUCGCUGCUUCUUUCAAUGGAUCUAUGCAAAAACACUACAAUCUUGCUAGAUUUGAGUACUUCUGAAUAAGUUCCAUGCAGUUUUGAGGAAGAAUAAACACAAAACUGGCAGGAGCGCAUAUUCUGUGUUUGCACUCAUAGCAGUUAUAGGGCUAAAGCUAAAUGCACAGGCGCUGAUCAGUAUGAAUGGGCUCUUUGGAUCAUUUAUUAUUUUAUUUAGUGGUGUAAACAAACUAUUAUAUAAUUUAUAGCAGAAAAAUAUAUGUUUGUUAUAAAUAUGAAUAGUUACUGGCUUCCACUACUAACAAUACUUACACUGUAACCUUGCAUUAUAAAUGUAAUUAUAAUAAUUAUAAUCUAUAAUGAAUUUUAUAUAAUGUUUUGCAAUAAAAUAGUGUGUCCUCAUAUGUGUUUUGAGUGGUGUGUCUGAAAUGUUUUUUUUUUUUUUUUUUUUUGUUUAAUUUCUAAAAUUCGUUUUAUUCACUCUUGCACCAAUGAAGUUCUGAUUUCAUCCUGUGGCCACUUUUGGUACUGUGCCUAGUAAAUGUUUUCAUAAUUUACUUGAAAUUUAGGACACAACUUGGUUUGAUGUACGGCUUUAAGUUUCUUUUGUUUUGUUUUUUUUUUUUUGGG